CCCGCCCCCCCGCCCGUGACGGUCUCAACGGCCUCGGUCUCAGACGACAACACUAAACGUUCGUCUUCUCCAGAGCGGUCGCACGCGAACGGCGACGCGAGUCCGCUCUCUCCGUCUUCUCCGUCUUCUACGAGGCGUAAGUCCUUGAACUCGUACAAGGACGUUGUUCCACAGUCGCCUCAGUUCCGGACGGGGCCUCCUCGUUCGCUUUCGUAUGGGUAUGGACAUGGACAUGGGCCACAGCAUCAGCAUCAGUCUGGGUCGACGUCCCAGAAGAGCUCGAGGCUUGGACAGGGGACUGGGACGGACACGAUCGGCGAGGAGAGUCUCGACACAUCUGACGUUUAUCCCCAUCCCGAACAACAACAAGCGCCACAAUCACCACCGACAACAUCCCAACAAGAACAACAACUCGAACAGUUACAACUGCACGACGUCUCGAACACAGAAGACGACGAAGACAUGUCCUAUUUCGACUUCACGCCGCGUCUCAACGGCGACGGCACGCACCAAUUCCGGGGCGCGCUCGAGUUUCACGAUCCGGCACAGUUGGAGCGCGAGCGGGAGAUGGCGCAGAGGAGGGCGAAGAGGCGGGAUUCGAGCAGUGUGUGGCAUGAUUGGAGGCAUAAACUCCUCCCGGAGAGUCUCGCGGAGUCGCCGAGGAGCGAGCAUCGGGCUUUGCAUUUUGCGCGGAGUGCGACGGAUUUGAGGCAGGGAAGGGAGGAGGAGGAGGAUGAAGAGGCUGGAGCUGAGGCCGAACCCGCGGGGAGGAGGAGAGGACAGAGUGAGGGCGAGGGCGACCAUGACGAGGAGCCUUCGUUGUUGAGAGGGGCGAUUGGGAGGUCUUGGGGCAGGGGCAGCGUGUCGCGCAGCUAUUCUAUGCCACUGAAGGAGAAGGAGCGGGAGAAGGAAGAAUCAGGAGACAAGGAAAAGGAGAAGGGCAAAGGAAAAGAGAAGGCUCACGGUAACGAAUCGACCCACUCGAGAGCUAACUCCUCCACCAACACCCCCAACCAGAAAUGGAGCCGUCUCCGUACGCUCAUCCCCCGCGUCGCCUCCCAAGCACGUCAAGGCCCCAUCUCCUCCACCGUCGCGCCCACCGGGGUCAACAUCACAGACGAGCUCAUCGCCGGCGGUCUCUCCACGCUCAUGCUCCGUCUGUGGUUCGAGCGCGACGACAAGGAGAAUCGGAGGGUGCCCAUUCUCUUUCAUAGGUUGAGGAUCAGGAUCAGCGAUAGUUUGCACCCGUUGCAUGGGACGAGCAGCGUGUUUAGGAUCGAGUGUGAGUAUGCGAAUGGGGCGGCGAGGUGGGUGAUUUAUAGGCAGUUGAAGGAUUUCUUGAGCUUGCAUACGCAUUAUGCGGUGUCGAAUGCGUAUAAUCGAAACCAGGACAUCUUGCCCGAGUUUCCGAGGACCAGUCUUCCGUACUUCAAGUUCCUGAAGAAGGAGAGUAGGCACGAGAAUGGGAAGAACGAUGUCAAACGGGCUGAUUUUGCGCGUAUGCAACGCGCCGUGCUGGAGAACUACCUCAUUUCCCUCGUCCGUGCCGUCAUGUUCCACCCCACCUCGAACCGCCUCGCCGGCUUCCUCGAGAUCUCAGCCCUGCACCUCUCGCUGGCCCAAUCCGGCGGUACGCAGUACAAGGCGGGAUACAUGAAGAUAGAGAGCGUGGGGAGUCGAGGGGGAGGAUGGGGAAGAAAGAGCGCGGGCUGGGGAGAGAGGAAGGAACAGAAGUGGUGUGCGGUUAGGGAGAGCUAUUUGAUCGCGGUUGUGGAGCCGGGGGAGCUCGCGGUCUGGGACAUCUUCAUGCUCGAUACCGAUUUCAAGAUCGAGCGGCCGAUGCGGUAUUACCGUCAAGGAAUAAACCUCCUCCACGGCGAAGCCCCACAAUCGAACCGCAUCGUCGAACAGGGCAAACACAAGAUGUCGCACCACCACAAGUCCGAGGACGACGCCCAUCAGCACACUCACCGGCAUUCAGAAGAUCCGAACGGUGCGCAGGACGGGUUAUUGCAUCCGGACGGACACGAGCACGAGCAUGAGCAUUCGGAGACGAGAAGUAUGCUGGGGACGAUCAAGAAGACGAUCUCGAAAGUGGUUUCGCAUCAUCGACGGUCGGGGUCGGGUGCGUCUUCGGCUGCGCCUGUGAAUGGGAACGGCGAUGCGUAUGCUGCAGGGAGACCGAGUGGCGCGACUGGGACGACCACUCAUACCGCCGAGACGAGGCAGACACGCACGGACGACGACGCGGCGUCCACGCGAUCAUCGUCGAGUUCUAGCUCGAGUAGUUCAAGCAGCUCGAGCAGUCACAGGCCUCCGACUCCCCUCCUCGAUCCGUCAACAAACACGGAUCCCUUAGCCGCGCGGGGACAAGGCGAGAAGGACGGCAAGAAGAAGAAGAAGUGGCAGAGCAGCGAGGUCUCGAAACAUACUUUCUACGUCGAGAACUCACAGAUGCGGCUGAAGUUGAGCGCGCAUAAUGAGAGGCAGAUGUUGCAGUGGAUCGCCGCGCUGGAGAGGGUCGCGUCGACUUCGCAUUAUACGGGGGGGAAUCGAUUUGAUUCGUUUGCGCCUAUAAGGUUGAAUGUGGCGGCGCAGUGGCUUGUGGAUGGGCGGGAUUAUAUGUGGAAUCUUUCGAGGGCGAUGUUGCUGGCGAGGGAUGUGAUCUAUAUCCAUGACUGGUGGCUCUCGCCUGAGCUUCAGAUGCGUCGUCCUGGGAAGCCGAAAUAUAGGUUAGAUCGUCUGCUGGAGCGGAAGGCGAAGGAGGGCGUCAAGAUCUAUGUUAUCCUCUAUCAAGAAGUCUCGAGCCGUACGACGCCGACGGAUAGUAACUACGCGAAACAGAGGUUAAAUGCUCUGCAUCCGAAUAUUAUGGUCCAGCGCUCGCCGUCGCAUUUCCAGACGGGGACGUUUUAUUGGGCCCAUCACGAAAAGCUCUGUGUGAUCGACCAGACGAUCGCGUUCAUGGGUGGUGUGGAUCUCUGCUUUGGUCGCUGGGAUACGUCGCAGCAUGUUCUCGUCGAUGACCCGGAACAAACGGGGAUUCCUGAUCAUAUUUGGCCUGGAAAGGAUUUCAGCAACGCCCGAAUCACUGACUUCCACACGCUCAACAAGCCCGACGAAGACAUGCAUGACCGUAGUAAGGUUCCGCGUAUGCCGUGGCACGAUGUCGGGAUGCAGGUGCUUGGGCAGCCGGCGAGGGAUUUGUCGAGACAUUUCGUGCAGAGAUGGAACUAUUUGUUGAGGAUCAAGAACCACAGCCGUGUGAUGCCCUUCUUGUUACCCCCGCCGGAGUUCAAGCCUGGAGAACUCGCUCAGCUGGGGUUGACGGGGACAUGCGAGUUGCAGGUCUGUAGAUCCGCGGGCCCGUGGUCUUUGGGCACUCCCGAUAGGAUCGAACAUUCCAUCCAAAACGCCUAUCUCAAAGCCAUUCAAAUGUCCGAACACUUCGUCUACAUCGAGAACCAGUUCUUCAUCACUUCUACCGUAGUCGGCGACGUCACGAUCGAGAACAAGAUCGGAGACGCGAUCGUACAUCGGAUUAUCAGAGCGCACAGGGAAGGAACUCCUUGGAAGUGUUGCGUUAUGAUCCCGCUGCUGCCUGGGUUCCCGAUGCCAGUGGAUCAUAGCGAGGCGAGCUCGGUGAGGAUCAUUUUGGAGUGUCAGAACAGGACGAUAUGUAGGGGACCGAAUUCGAUAUUUGCGAGGUUGAGGAAGGAGGGGAUUGAUCCGGACGACUAUUUCGCUGUGUUUUCUUUGAGGAACUGGUCUAAGCUGCGUGGGGACGUUCUGACUAGCGAACUGGUUUAUAUCCACGGGAAGGUUUGCAUCGUAGACGAUCGUAUUGCUAUCAUCGGUAGUGCCAACAUCAACGAGCGGUCCCAGCGCGGUGACAGAGACUCAGAGCUCGCCUCUGUCAUCCGUGAUACCGAUAUGAUUGACUCGACCAUGGCCGGAAAGCCCUUCAAAGUUGGCCGCUUCGCUCACACCCUUCGCAUGCGUCUCAUGCGUGAACACGUCGGUGUUGAUGUCGACGCGAUGGACGAGGAAGACUUGCUCGCGUCUGAACCUGUCAAGGAGCUGCACGAACAGGACGAGUGGGAUCCCGAUCAAGAGCAGAAGCAUGGUAAUGAGGACGUGGUGGCCUCUUCACAUCCUCAUGAGACCCGAACCAGGAACCUUCUUAACAUGGGCGGUGGCGUGGCGAAGCAACUGAUUCACGGCGGUAGCGACGUCACCUCGAAACUGGCAUCCCAAGCACUGCACAAGAUCGGAGUAGGCUCCGCUCCCGACUCUCGGAUCGCCGACGUGACCGUUAUGAACGAACGCCAAACCUUCACCCGCGACGGUGAAAAAGAGCCCGGGUUCACCAGCGCCGUCGUCCCAACUCUAGAAGAGAAGAUGGUCUCCGAGCAUCGCCCACCAGGAUCGAAAGCGCUCGGCACGCCCAUCCUCGAAGAUCCCGAGAUAGAGAAAUCCGAGAGGGAGGGCACGGCGCCGGAGACGGCCAGGCUCGACAACGGUCAGCUCUUCGGUGCUCCCGCGGACGCGUCGAAGGAUGCGAAGACGGACGACGAGCCGCCGCAUGCGAAGGGCGCGAAGGACGACGCGGACGCGGAAGAGAAGAAGGCGCCGCGUGCGAGGUCGAUUUUGAGGAAACAUUUGAUGGCGGAUUUGGGGCAGAGUCCUUGGACUUUGCCGACGCCAACGCCAAAAGUUGAUCCCGAUGGGUUUGCGGACCCGGUUUGCGAUGAGUUUUGGAAGGAUGUUUGGGUAGCCAGUGCGGUGCAUAAUACGGAGAUCUUCCGUCGUGUGUUCCAUUGCGUUCCGGACGACAUGGUUACGACCUGGAAGCAGUAUAUUGAGUUUGUUGCCCACCAUGAACGCUUGAACAAACCACUUCGAGACGAUCCAUCCGAGCAAGCAGGUACCAUUCCUUCGGAGACCGGCGACAAGGAGGCUCCAGACGCGCACGAGCAACAAAAGACUGGAGAGCCUCGUGGCGAGCAACUCCUCGGUAGAGGAGACGCUGCAAAGACGGAAGCCAUUCACAAGGGACUUGCCGGCUCAGACGAUACACAAGGCGCCAGUGCUUCUGAGAAACCACAGAAUGGGAACGCGCAUGAGACGAAGGCGCAAGGUCAGGGCACGGAGAAGAAGACGAAGGGUGAUGAUGGUGGUCCUGCGUUUACGAAGCGCGAGCGUGAGGAGAUGGAGGCUUUGUUGCAGCAGUUGUGUGGUCAUCUUGUGGUAUAUCCAACUCGAUUCUUGGAAGGUGAAGACGUGGCGAACAACUUCUUGUUCAACUCGGACAGGAUACUUCCCAUGCCUAUUUAUGAUUAAUUCCUUUGCUAUCCGUUCCUUUAUUUGCUUUCAGCCUCAUUGCUUCCUCUCAUUUUGGACUCUCUUUUGGCACCAUUUUUCUUGCCCACCGACAUCACUCCCGAUGCGACUUAACCCUCAGAUAGGCUUUCGAUUAGCCGAACAAAAACAGACACUCCUUUACCUCAGUUCCCCUCCUAUUUUGAGCUCCCGCCCCCCUCAGCUCCCCUCUCUUUCUACAUAUUUUAUUGCCUUCGCUUUUCUCUCGUCAGUCCUUUCAUUCACGCAGCUUCGUACCGUAUUGUGAUUUCGCUCUGCAGUCUCUUGGAACGCUCUUGUACUGUAGCAUACACGCACCCAAAUAAUUGCCUAAGAAAGGCAUUCG